AUGGGGUGUGCAGUAUAUACCCUCAGUAUCAAUUGCCUACUUUACGACAAUUUUGAAACUUCACCAUACAACCUUUCAAAAAUGACCUUACAAAAUAAGCUGAAAGAAGCAUUUCUAAUUUUUGACAGGAAUGGAAUGGGAACAUUGGACAAAUCAUCGGCACUAACGGCACUUCAUUCUGUUGGCUUAGUGCUGAACAGCGAAACCCAAUCCAAAAUUGAUGCUAUGAAUAUGAACGAAUUCAUAACCUUCGGAGAAGAGUUAGCCAAGGCAAAUACCCCGGAAAAGUGCAUCCAAGAUAUCAUAACGAAUUUAACUGCGAACAAGAAGACAAUCAGCGUCAAAGAUUUUGAGCAUGUAGCGUCUGCGAUUAGUUGUAUAAACGCCGCAGAUUUGAAAGCAUUUUUGGCAGUUGUAAAUCCAAAUGAUGCUAGUGUUGUCAAUCCUGCAAAUUUGUUAGCACAAUUGUCAAAUUGA